AUGGAGAUUUGUGGUCCGAAGAGGGGAAUUUUAACAGAGAGAAACAUGCCUAUUGGAACCAGUAGCUUCCUAUCGAAAGCCACUUCCUUUAUGACCUCAAGUACUGCGAGAUCGAAUGACUGGAAGAUCCGUGAGGCAAGAGGUUUAAACCCUUAUACUUCAUCACCAUCAGUCCGAAGAACCUACCAUGUGGGGGAAAGCUUGGCAGCUAGGGCUGUAGAUGGGAGUUCUGAGAACCCAAGAGUUAAACCUGAGCCACAAACGCCACCUAUAGUUGCAAAAAGGACAAUAUACCAAGCGUUUGAGGACGAGUUUAUACCCGAGACCUACCAAAACCUUAGAACUAUCACCUACAUGUCUGAUGAUGAUGGGAACAAUAGGACCUUUAUCGCAGUAAUUGAAGGGGAUCAGGCUGCACCGGUAUUAUAUGAGGGAAAUGAGGAAGAUGGGGACCCUAAUGGAAAUGAGCAUGCUGAAGGGGAUCCGAUAGAAGAAGAUCCUAAAGAAGAGGAGCCUAUUGAGGAAGAGGAACCCAUAGAAGAGGAAGAACCCCUGGAGGAAGAGGAACCCAUUGAGGACGAAGACCCUAUUGAGGAUGAAGCUGAUAUGGAAGAAGGAAUAGAGGAUCUUGAGUCAGAUGAUGAAGCUCACCGCUAUAUUCCAUUGUUUCCUCUCAUCACAUAUUUAGGAUUACAAUAUCGUUAUUUUCUCAUAUUUAUUUAUUUAGUUCAGUGUUAA